AUGGCAAUGUUGAAAAUUUCUAUUCAUGGUCCACAAAUGCCAGUGUAUCAUGUAUUUAGGAACCCCCAACCCACAGCAGACUCACCCCGGGAGCCUCAGCAUCCCUUCAGCGCCCGCUUCCCGCCUUUUACAGGGUUCUCCGAUUUUUCUGUAAUUUUUUCCCCAUAUUUCGGGCUGGACGCGGCGGGCCUGGAAAUUGUUUGCUUUCCCCUCUUUCCAGCAGCCAUUGUAGUGUAUGCGCUGCGGUGCAGCUCAGCCUGCCGCACACGCCGCGCCCACACCGCCAGCCGCCCACACGCGCCGCGGGUUGGACACCUCCCCCUGUCACUCAGCUUCCUAGCCGCGCCCAGUCGGUGGCGCCUUUCGCGCUCACAGCUUGCCCCGUUGGUGGGAGUAAACGCCGCUCGGGAUAGGCCGGGGAGGAACCGAGCAAAGAUUGGCCAGUCUGCAGCGGCUUGCCGCUGCCUUUCAAAGAGCUUCGGCCGCCUCCAUUGGCUCAAGGAGCUAUCAUUUUCCGCCGGGCUGCGGGACCAGAAAUGGGUAGGCUGCGCCAGUUAUAAGGUCGUUGCCCAAGCCGCUGACGUCUUUCGAAUUCGAGACGAGCCUUCGGGCCGCGGGCUGAGUUUCCUCGUGGUAGCCGAGCAUGGGAUUAUGAUGCAGAGAAAACAAGAUGGAAUAAAACCAAAUAUGCCUGUAGAAGAAGAAGAAAGAGAAUCCUAGCUUCGUUGGGAAGAGCACCAUAUUGACCAUACAGUUUUAUUAAUAUAGAAUGUAAUGCUUUUACGAUAAAGUGUGCUUUAUUAUAUUUUAAAAGGUAGUUUCUGGAUAGCUUGCAUUGCCACUCCUUGUACUGUAUUUUUACAAAAAACAAAAGAACCAUGAAACUUUAAAUGUCUAACGAAUGAAGUGCAUUCUUACAUGGGAAAAACUUGCAGAAAUAAAAAAGGUUUUGAUUUGAUAAA